AUGGUGUUUACCAGGCAUGCCGGGAACGGGAUAUUACACAUCAAGAAGCACUUACAACUGAGGAAUAAGGAACUUUUGGUGAGGAUGAAAGAGGUCGAAGAUCUCGAGAAGGAGUUGGAAUCAGUCAAGGAAGCAUUGAAAGUGGCUCUGAAAGGCACUUGGCAUUGGAAAGAUGAAUACGACGAUUACUUCGCCUCAUUUAUCGCCGGCGGCAGCCACAACGAAGAGGUUGAGAACACGGCAGACCGCCAGAUCAAACCCCAAGCACCAAUCGUGCUUGGUGUACUAGUAGGCCUGGAGACGUUUCCAGAGUUUCUCGACGAUGUCGAAAAAUACGUCCGUGUGGUAGGGGUAGUGUGCCCUGGAGCAUCGAUUGACAACCAACACAUCGAUACUAUGCGGCGCUUCCUUGACCCGAAGAUUUCCGGAUGGCUCGAGACACAUCUACAACAACAAGGUAUCAACACCAUACCACCUCCUGAUUACGACUAUGGAAUUACAUGGGCGAGCUUCAACCCGAGGGCUCUUGAAUUUGUGGAAGUCCUGGGUGGUUCACCCACAAUCACCUCGGAGAACCCACUGUGGCAUGAGUACCUGCUGAAGCUUCCGCUGGCUCCAGAGACGACAUCACAGAUGACAUUGAAUAUGCCGAAAUUAUGCGCCGACCAGGGAAUCGUGACCCAACACUUGCAGACUUGA